AUGGAAGCACCAGACAGAGGCCACCUCAAAGCGGUCGUCCUCCAAGCCAUCGCAAAGGACUCUCAGAGCGAGCAGAGCGACGAUAUCUCGUUCCAACGAGCCAUUCCCGCUGCUAGCUCCGAAGAAACCGCCGCGUCCUUAGAGCGCUUGUUGCAGUCCGAUUUGAGUGUAUUUUUGGAAAAAUAUGGGAGAUAUCUCAGCAAGCAGGAUUUAGCUCUUUUCGACCCAUUUUCAGAGAAGUACGAAGUCGCUCACUACCUCAGCCUCUACCGCACGCCCCUGCCCGCCAUUACAACUACGCAACUACGCAACCGCCGCCUUGCUUACCUCACAUCCCAUCUUUCCCACACCGACUACUUUUCCCCCUCCAACCUGCGCACUCGGGCGCCGGAGCUCUACCACACCUACAUUGGCCAGUAUGAGGACGACUCGGGAGCCGCGUUCCCGGAGAGUAUGGGGCUUGUGGAUCGCAUAUAUGAGAGCUGGGAGAAGGAGGUGGCGGGCGAGAGGGUGAGGAGGGAGCGGGAGGAGACGUUUGAGGAGUUUGAUACGGAGAGCGAGGAGGAUGGUGAUGAGAGCGUCGAGGAUGAGAUGGAACCCGGGGGAGCCGAUCCGUUACCACCGCCGGAACCAAGUGGGCCUGACGUCCCAUCGAAUCCGAUGGCAGCGUCCACAUUCACAUCUACGUCAGAUUCAACAACGCCGCAAAUAUCCGAAGCUGAGAGGGAAGCCCUCGCGGCUGAGUUUACGGAAAUUAUGCGGCGGCGCUUCAUUGACGGCAAAGAUUCGGAUCACUUUGAUUAUUCGCCCGUAGACAGUAAUCCGGACUAUGGCAUGUUCUCAGCGGAAGCACGGCAUGACCGCGACGAGGCGUAUUUUGACGCCGACGAUGACGACGGGGACGGGAAUUCGAUGGACCCCUUCCAAUGCUUGAAGGAGGGGGAGUACGACUAUUAA